GCGGCCCUCGCAGAAAGGCAUUGCUCUGUGUUUCUGUGUAAACCAUUUCUUCCUUUUCUUUCCUCUUUGGUCUUCUAUUGAUUCUUGAUUCAGGGGUUCGUGUUACUUUUGCUAUUUGGUGAGAAGGAACAGAAAAAAAGCCAUUUAAAACUGUAACAACCAUACUUAGAACCUCCACUUGGUCAAUCUUUUAAUCCAUAACGCUAACCUUGGCCACAAUAUAAUCUUUCCUUUCUUCUCUGUCUCUCUCUCUCUCUUUCUCAUCUUGGUUGUGCUUCAGAAACUUGUUUCAUUUUAUCUCAGCGUUAUGAAGGCUUAAGCUGGGUGACACUCUCCAUUUUGUUCUGAUAUUCCUCUGUUUUAAGAUUCUUUGGGCUGCAACUAGAAAUUAGAACCUGCCAUGUCGUCUGUACAAGUGUCAGCACGAACGGGACGACUUCGACAACGUUACAAAGACAAUUUGCGCCUUGUCUCUGGAUGUAUCCCGUACAGAUGGAAAAAGAACAACCAUCAGAAGGGAGAUCUGGAGGACAUAAUAGAAGUUCUUAUGGUUUCUUCACCCAAACGUGACGACCUUGUAUUCCCAAAGGGGGGCUGGGAGGAUGAUGAGACUGUUACUGAAGCUGCUUGCCGUGAAGUUUUUGAAGAAGCUGGAGUCAAAGGGAUACUAAGAGAAACUUCCUUAGGAAUGUGGGAGUUUAGAAGCAAAAGCAGCCAGGACUUAUGCUGCCUGGAAGGAGGCUGCAGAGGAUACAUGUUUGCCUUGGAGGUGACUGAAGAACUUGAGACCUGGCCAGAGCAGAAAAACCGUACUCGUCAGUGGUUGAACAUAAGGGAUGCAUUCAGACUCUGCCGAUAUGACUGGAUGUGUAGGGCACUGGAGGAGUUUUUGAGAGUAAUGGCAGUGGAGAGAAGUCUUAAGAAGCAAGAUGCUCCAGUUGAUCCUCCUUCAAAUUCGAUAGCAGAUGUCUCAGAAGGUCAAAUUCUGUCAUCUAACUGUUAUAAAAUACCCUCUACUACUCAACACCAUAGCAUGUCUUCAAAACCCACUCUCCUAGCACUUGCUUCUCAAGGGAUAGCCGUUCAGUUUGGUUUUUGACAUAUUCUGCACCCUUGUGCACUAGGUUUCUGUAAUGAAUCAUUUAUGUCCAGUAAGUCCUUCCAAUUUGAAAGAGAACAAACUGUAAAGUAACGAUUUGGGUAAACUAUUUGGCUGUGGACUUUAAUGUAGCUUCUUUUGCUUUCUUUA